AUGCUCAGAGCAGUGGCCGAGCAACGCACCGAGACCAGGCACGAACGCGACCCAAUCGUGGUUGGUGGACGCCGUGUGGCAACCGCACGUCGACGGGUACGCCAUGAAGUGGACGAGCAGAUGGCAUCUGCGGAGGCCGAAAUUGCUCAGGAGGGCAGUGGUGAGCUGGACUUAUCAGAAGAGGAACAGGUGGCCGAACAUAAGGAUGAACAUAUUGGCAAGAAGAAACUGGCAAAGUUACAGGCAAAAGAGGAACGAAGGAAACAACGGGAGGCGGAACUGCUAGAACGAGAGGAAAGAAAGAAAAGGGAGCAGGAAAGGGAGGAACGCAUGCAGAAGGAGCGAGAAAAGCAGGAGGAAGAAGAGGAAGCGGAACGUGAAAGAAAACGCUUGGAACGGGAGGAACGCGAGAAGCGGGAGGAGGAAGAGUACCAAAAGCUUCGAGAGGCAUUUGUGGUGGAUGAGGAAGGCUUCGAUCAAGUGGAUGAGGAUGAAUCACGAAAUCUUCUGCGCGAAUUUGAAGAUUACAUACGAAGAACUAAGGUUGUUAACAUGGCUGAGAUGGCGUCACAUUUCAAUCUGCGAACUGAGGAAGCAAUCGAUCGGCUGAAUUUCCUGAUUCAAAAUGGUACACUGACGGGUGUGAUGGACGACCGAGGAAAAUUCAUUUAUAUUACUCCGGAAGAACUUCAAGCUGUAGCGAAAUUCAUCAACCAGCGGGGACGCGUUUCGAAAGCGGAACUGGUCGAGUACAGCAACAAGCUGAUCGGUCUAGACUCACGGCCAAUCGACCAGUCAACGAAAGUAACAGCCGCCUCUUAA